AAAUUACAAAAGUAGAGCCUGAAAGUGAUGAUGAAGAUACUAUAUUAGAUUAUUUAGCUCCUAAUAUUGAUAGUAGUAAUGAAAAAAAUUUUGAAGAUAUUAGAAAUCUUAAUCAAGAUUUUGGUUGUAUAUUAAUUUGGAUUUUGAGAUACCAACAGAGAUAUUGGUUUGCUGAUAUUACAACAGAAUCAUUAAUCAAAUUUAUACAUUUUCUAUUAACUUAUCUUGACCAAAAUCAGGUUCAAAACUUUCUAGAAUCACUCUAUUUGGCCUGA